AAAAAAAACACAUAAUCAAGAGAGAAGUGUCAUUUGUCAAUGAUGGCCACUCCAAUAGCUUCCUCCAUAACCAUUAGCUUCCUCUUCUGUGCUUCUCUUUUACUUCUGCUCUGCUCCUCAAAGAAUGGCUAUGCUUUGGGUGGUGGAGAGAGAAAGACUAUGCAAAGCAACUUUCAUACAUUUCAAUUUAACUCCCUUUUACCAGCUUCUGUUUGCAGCCCUUCUACUAAAGAUAAGAGGAAAGGGACGUCAUCAGUGUCGUUGAAAGUAGUUCACAAUUACGGUCCAUGCUCUCAUCAUCUACGUCCAGAGAGAGCGAGUGCUCCUCCAACAGUGACUGAGAUCCUGACUCGUGACCAGUCCCGAGUCAACUCAAUUCAGUCUCGACUCAGGCAAAACAGUCUAGAAAAGGACUCCUCCUCCUCCAAGUCCAAGGCCACCACCACCAUCCCUGCGAAGUCGGGCCUCUCAAUUGGCAGUUCCAACUACAUCGUCACAGUCGGACUCGGAACCCCCAAAAAACACCUAUCCCUCAUCUUCGACACCGGCAGCUCUUUCACCUGGAUUCAGUGCCAACCAUGCACCGUCUUCUGCUACAAACAAAAACAACCAAUCUUCGACCCAUCCCGCUCAACAACAUACAAAAACAUCACCUGUACCUCCCGACACUGCUCUCAGCUUUCCUCCGCCACCAGCACCACCCCUCGUUGCUCAACCAACACCUGCGUCUACGGCGUCCGGUAUGGCGAUAACUCCAUCUCCCAAGGUUUCUUCGCAUCCGAAACUCUCACUUUGACACCCUCCGAUGUUUUCCCCAAAUACCUCUUCGGUUGCGGCGAGAAAAACCAAGGCCUCUGGAACGGCGUCGCCGGAUUGAUCGGACUCGGAAGAGAUCGAUUGUCUAUCGUCUCACAAGUAUCUUCCAAAUACGGGAAUUACUUCUCGUACUGUCUUCCAUCAACUCCCAGCUGCACCGGAUACCUAACUUUUGGAACCGGAGGAAGAAGCUUCACCGGAUCAUCUCUGAAAUUCACUCCAUUGCUAUCGAAAUCGAAAGGUCCUUCGUUCUACUACGUCGAUAUAAUCGGAAUCAAAGUCGCUGGCAAGACAUUAUCGAUCUCGCGAUCGGUGUUCAAGAAAUCCGGAUCUAUAAUCGAUUCCGGCACGGUCAUCACUAGGCUUCCUCCGGCGGCGUACGAUGCGUUGAAAACGGCUUUCCGGCAACACAUGACGCAAUAUCGGAUGGCUAAACCCUUUUCGAUAUUCGAUACAUGUUACCGUGUGAAAAAGAACACGACUCUGAAGAUACCGAGUAUAAGCUUUGUGUUCGGCGGCAACACCGAGGUUGUGAUUGACUCGUCGGGGAUACUUUUUGCAACUUCGUCCAAGAAGGCCUGCUUGGCAUUCGCCGGAAAUAGUAACUCCUCCGAUAUGGGUAUUUUCGGAAAUGCACAGCAGAAGACUUUGGAUGUGGUCUAUGAUGUUGCAGGUGGGAAGCUAGGGUUUGGCUAUAGAGGCUGUUCUUAAGCUUGCUUAAAUAAAUCGUACGGUGUAGGAAAAGAGUUGCAUGGUAUGGUAUGGUAUGGUGUGUAUCAUUUGAAUCCAGCGUUGAAUGGUAUGGUAUGUAUUUAUAGUCUUAUUGUUUGAAUGAAUGGUAUGUAUUGGUUGAAUAAAUCAUAUCAAUCCAGAGUGGUAUGUAUUUGUAGUCUUAUUGUUUGAAUGGAAGGAAUGUCAUAUCAAGAAUCAUUCUG